AGUGUUACGACACCGAUGGUAUUUUAGACAAUAAGUUAAAGCUUUCGUUAUUCUCAAUAUGGUGCGCGUCAGCAUUAAUGGCCAGCCACCGGUGGAGCUGGUCCCCUAUGUUAGAUACCGCAUCGGGAGUCGUUCAUAUAUGGAAUUCUACAUAGAUCACGAAAGCAUUGAAGGCUAUCAUGGCGUGUUUGAUUGCGAACCCGAUUGUGUGUAUGUUAUAAAAUUAUUGGGCCAGACAUUCGUGAAUGGAAAAGAAGUCGAAGUGCAAAAAUUAACCUCAGAGUCAGCUGGAGAGGAUGGUUUGGUGAAGCUGCGCUUUGGCGAAGUUGAGGCUGAAAUGUAUUUCGACAGUGACUCGACUAAUGAUGAGGAUACAACCUUGACAGAAGCUUCUGUUCUCACAAAAGAUAUAAAAAAAAAACUCGACUGCAGUAAACAUGAAAAGUAAUUACACUCGUAUUGGCAACUGGCCAACUUUAUUAUGGUUUAUUAGCCAAAUACAUAUGUUACAUGCAUUUAAAAUGAACAAACAAAACAUGUUUGUCGUUGCUAAAAUACACCAGUUGUUGGGUAAUAAUUAAAUGUUCGAGCUCUAC